AUGGCAUCUGCGUCAAGACGGCGUAGCAAUCUGGGUGACCACCGCAAGUUCUUCCAGUUGUGUGGGUCCCCCAUUCGAACGCACAAGAUGAAGCUCGACUUCAAUCAUGGUCGCGCUCAUUCGCCCACCCUUUCAAGACCUGUAGAGCUGGUGGCAGACAUCGACACACUGUUGGUGCAUCGCCGUCCCAGUGAGAAUAAUUACAAGCAGAAGCAGCGUCAAGCUGAGGCUAAUGCUGCCAUGAUUACGCUAGCAAAUCAGCUUGGCCGAGAAGGUGGCGGCUAUUACGCCAUCUCUCGCAGACAUCAAGGCCUAGGAUGUAACCCCAUCGACGUUGGUAGUAAUGCGUCUAUGUCUUGCGCAGCAGAGGAAGGUAGCAAUGACUCCUUGAGACUGGAGGGCGCUCGUAAAGCAGGUAUUCCGCUCUACCUAUCGGACUGGUUUGCCCAUAACACGAAUUCGAAUCGUCGUCGACAGACGAACGUCAAUAUGGAGCCAGAGGCGGAGUCAGCAGCCACUGAUUGCUGUGAGAACAAUGAGAAUCAAUUUCUCAAGCCACACCAGAACGUAGAUAUGGCUGACGUUAUUGUUGGCCGCGUUAUUGGUGAAGGAGCUUUUGGCAAGGUAUUCAAGGCCUCUUGGAAUGGUCGAGACGUGGCAGUUAAAGUGCUAAUUCGACAGAAUCUAAGUGCUGAUGUGAAUCGAGCGUUGGUCAUCGAACUUGUCGAACAGGGCUCGCUUUGGGCUAUCCUACGCACACGGCGUCGACAACUCACAGAUAAGAUGCGUGCACGGUUUGUGCUGGACACUGCUCGCGGUAUGAGCUAUCUGCAUAAAUUUGAGUUGCCAAUUUUGCACCGAGACAUGAAGAGCCCAAAUUUGCUUGUCGAGCGAGAUUACUCGAUCAAGAUCUCCGACUUCGGUCUAUCACGAGUCAAGGCGCAGAUUCAGACCAUGACAGGAAACUGUGGUACGGUGCAGUGGAUGGCGCCGGAGGUGCUAGGAAAUCGCAAAUAUACGGAAAAAGCCGACGUCUUUUCGUUUGGUGUCGUAAUAUGGGAAAUAUUCACGGGCCAGUGCCCGUAUGAUGGCAUGACACAAAUUCAAGUGGCGUUAGGCGUACUUAAUCACGAUCUGCGUCCACCUAUUCCGCGCUCGUGCCCUCGCUUCUUCGCUAAAUUGAUUAGGUCUUGCUGGAUGCGAGAGCCAACUCUUCGCCCUUCUUUUUCAGAACUGAUUUCCUUUCUCCCGUCCGAGCCGAUAAGGGCGGUCUCGGCUGCUUUUGAAGAGUGCAAGUUCGAAGUAGGAGAGGAGGGAGUAAGAAAUAUCAAUUGUGCCUGCAGAUAA